AAGUGUUAUUGAUGUAUGUUGGCUAAAGUGAAAGUCCCUUCGGCUCCAGAGUCGAGCCCUUACCAACAGUACCAGACUAGCAGCAGUAGAAACGGAUUAGAUUCUCCUCUACUCGACUCUACUCACCAGACUCCAUCUUCUUCUUCUGAUUCCGAACAUGGCUUGGGAUUUGAUCUAUUGGCUACUCUGCUUCUGCAUCGACAUUGCCCUCUUCGCUUCAAGCCUUUAUCAGUAUGUGAUGCUAACGGAUUUGGAGGCAGACUAUAUCAAUCCGUUUGAAUUAUCGACUCGCAUCAAUCAAUUGGUCGUCCCUGAGUUCAUUGUGCAUGGAGUGUUCUGUGCUCUGUUCCUCCUGGCACAGCGUUGGUUCAUGUUCCUCUUCACAGUCCCCCUUACUUACUAUAUCGUGAUGCUGUUUGUAAAACAAAAGCAUCUUAUUGAUGUCACUGAAGUAUUCAGGGUUCUUAAUACUGAGAAGAAGUGCCGGCUUGUCAAGCUUGGUGUCUACUUUUGUCUCCUCGCUAUAAUCAUUAUCAGAAUUCUCAUUUCUGCAAUAUUUGUGCCGUGGUCCGGAUCUGAAGAAUUAGACAUUCGCGCCUCUUUUCUAGAAUUCUAAAAUUGACACUUUGUAAUCUAGUUUGGACAUAUAUAUCUUUCCCUGCUCCGAGAUAGUUUAACAUCUAAUGACAUAACUGAUUUCACUCUUGUAUUGUGAAAACCAUCUUGCAUAAAUUUUGUAAUUGAGUUUCUGAUAUUUCUUUUAUCCUUAUAUUAGUAACUUUUAGAAAUUGCUUUAUAUAGAUGGUCGUAACAAAAUCUUUUGAUGAUCCUGCAGUCAUGGUAUCUAGUGUCAUUCUCUUUUUCUUGAUUGUA